AUGGAGAAGGAAUCGAAAAUAGAUGGAAAAAUUGAAGAAGUAAUUGUGAAUACAAAUAAGACGAAAAGUGAAAGAAAAAAAUCGAAAAAGAAGGGUAAAUUUCGAAUGGAUAGUUGCAUGAAAGAUAAGUGGACCUGCGAGGAAAAUGCAUUAUGGCGUAUUUAUAUGAAAACAUAUAUAGAAAGGGAGGAACAAUUAGAGAGGGAGGACAAAUUCAAGCAUAGAAAGCCAGAGAAACUUCCGAAAUUACCUCGUAUAAAGUCGGUAGAAGAGAUAGGAACACCAUACAAAUGCAUGCCAUUAAAUGCUUUUCAAUUUGAAGCUGAAACCGUGCUACCCGAUAAGCUAGAACGUUCAAAGAUGAUCCGAAUUUGGAGAAAUAUGCGUGGAGAACGUGAGGCUACUGGUUUACAAGAAUCAUUGAUCGGAGUCAAAUCGUUAGGAUCAAAAACGGAUAAUGAAAGAUGGCCGAGUAUGUGGCCGUGCGAUACGCGUGAUUUUUUAGCUGAAAUAGAGGAACGCGAGAGAUUGGAAGAAAAGAAAAGAAAGGAUAUAUAUCCUUGCGAUAAUAUCGAAAAAAAUGUUGGAGAAAAAUUGGCCCGUCAAUUGAAGGAAGAUUUUGCUAUGAGAAAAGAAUUGGGACACGCGAGAUUACCACAGAUUUGUCCUCCUAAAUUAAACAAAUUUUACGUUGAUCGUGAUGCCGGUGAAAGACCUGGUUUAGUCGAUGGCGAUUAUGUGAUAUUUCAAUUAUUCUCGAAGAAAAAAGGUUUCAGAGUAUACGCGGAUGUGUGUCUUCGUGGAUUGAAGGGAAUGCAUUUGGUAGAAUUAGGAUCUUCUCGAGAUCGUCAAAAAACGUGGAAAUUUUGUUUCUAUCAAGCUGUCGUUGCACUUUUAGCUAAAACUCAAUUGAGAUAUAAGUACGCUUGGAGCGUGAACAUCGAUUAUAUUUACGACCACGCCUGGAUGCUCUUCACCCAUAUCGGUUCUAUCAAUAUCAAGGACAAGCAAAGGUUGGACGAUAUCAUUGUAUAUAAUUACAAAUAUAGCGUUGAAAUAGAAUUGAUUCAAGAAAUGAACGAUUUACCGAGGAUAACUGAAAUCGAUUGGAAUUUUGAGGAAAAUCAUUUAAAAAGGAAACAAACAUUGAAUAGAAAAGAAUUGAUGAACGUCAAAUUAGAAAUAGGUUCGGAAAAAAUUGUCGAUGAAUAUAACAUGCCAGUUCACAAAGCAACAAAAAAUAUUGAAGAAUGGUUCGACAAAUUACCUGUACAAUAUCGUAAUUGUAUUUUUCGUACGACCAAAUAUUCAUUGGCAUUUUGGCAAGACGGUAUUUUCUGGUAUUUGUAUAAUCCAUAUCGAUGCGAUGAGUUUGGUUAUUGGAACGACGAUGGUUACGCUUGUAUCAUGAAAUUUUGUACGAGACAAUCAUUGAAAAGGCAUUUAAUCGUAUUGUUACUUCGUGCUUAUGUUUAUGAUAUUCCAAAAUCAAAAAUACCGGUUCCUGAAUAUGUAGAACCAAUUCAAGUUGAUCAGAAUGAAAAAGAAGUUAGGGUAACUGAAGAAAAUGUAGAUACGGAAGAAGAAAUACGAGAUGAAACAGUGGAAAUUGUGGAAGAACAAAAAUUAGAAGAAGGCAAAACUGAAUCCAAAAAUGACGUAUUUACGAUUCAAAUCUUUCAUAUGAUUUAUCAUUGCUGUCAAUUGAACAAUCUCAAAUUACUCGAACGUAAACCGAAAGUAGGAACUCGUCGUGUAAAAAGAAAAACAAUCGACGAUUGUCCAUUUGAUCCAUUGGAUUGGAGAGAUCCAUGUACGAUCGAGCAAGAAGAAGGUGGUGAUGUUAAUAAAGAUGAAAUAGAAAAACCAACUUGGUUAAAAUUAUUUAAGAUAUCAUGGGCUAAGUGCGGACCGUCGGCAAGGAAAAAAUCAUCCGGCAAAGAUGUUGGAUCUAUUCCAAGAAUGCGUUGGCAUCAGUAUUACGUGGAAGAAUCAAACAAAUUAUUUUCCUUAUGGGGUGAACUUCACAUAACCGACGGUAUGUUCGAUAGAGAGAACCGUGGAUUCCAGGCUUACGCUUGUUACGUUGUUUGCGCUGGUAUGACAAGGAUUAUGGCACCGGAGUAUUGGAGUUCUAAGACUCUUGAUGUAAUAAUCAUGUGUGGUGACAGAUAUUACACAUUAAGCAAAUUGGAAGCUGAAUUUAAGUCAAAUAAACCGGAAUAUAGUCAUGUCAGUUGUUGGAACAGAUAUCUCAUGAGUCAUUUCAAAAUAGGUGACACAAUGUUCGAGGCUAAUGUUUUACCAGCAAUUUGUGGUAGACUUUAUGCUAAAAAUAAUAAACAUCUUUGGCAAUCAUUAGAACAAAUGUUUAUGAAAUAUCACUUUGGAAUAUUAACUUGUGAAAGUUAUUGUCUUGGUGUGUUCAAAUUUUGCGGUGCUUAUUACAUGUGCGACGUUAAUUCAUUUGGACCACCGUUGUUUCAAUAUGGGGAAGGUGCGGCUUAUUUAUUGAGAGCCACGUAUUUUUACAAAUUCAUGAUCGUUCUUAUCUUAACUAUAAAUACACCAGAAUGCAGUAGAUUUUCUCUUAAUCCGAUUGAAAUACUCAAAGUUGUUGACCUUAAUACUACUGGACCUGCCGAUUUACCUAUUGGCAAACCGAAAAUAACUGAUUAUAGGGUUAAGAGAAAUAAAGUUGUAUGUCCUUAUGACGAUGAUAAAAAAAGACAAAUGAGAAAGUGGAAGAUUAGAAGAGCGGAAGAAAGAAAAACGAUCAAUAAAACGUGUUGUAAGACUGAAGAUGAUGCUUGA